CUCAAGUGGUCCUCCCGCCUCAGCCUCCCAGAUGUUUUAUAGUCUUAGUUAAAAAAAGCAAACAAACCCCAAUGUACAUAAUCAUGAGGCAGAAGAAUUUUCAGAGCAGGUACUCUGUAGCAGACUGCUUGGGUUGAAAUUCUAACUAUGUCACUUGCCUGCUGUUUGACUUUAGGCAAGUUACUUAAACCUACCCGUGCCUCUGUUUUCCCAUAUGCAAAAUGGGAAUAAUAAUACCUGUUCUGUAGGAUUGUGUAGAUUAAGUAUACGUAAUGUAUUUAAUACAUACGAUGGGUUUAGAAUAAUGUUAGCCUGGCACAGAGUACGUGCUCUAUGAAUGUUAGCUAUUUUCUUCAUUGUUUGGAAGAAGGAAUGAUACUCUUAACUAAACUAUUUAUUGACUUUCUUCUAGAAUAAAUUCACUUUAAUGGAUUCAAAUUCUAUCAAACCAGAAUUUUAAGAAGAUUCUACUAAAGGGCAACUCUUUUCUGCUUUCUUUUAAAAUCAUGAAUGUGAAAAAGUUGGCAAAGAUUAGAGUUAUCUGCACUAGGAUUUUUAAAAAGGCAAUAGUUGGACUGGCAAUUUAUCCCUCCUUAAAAGAGAAAGAUUCUCCCAAUUUGCUUUGUUGAAUAGACCUAACUAGAUUUUAGAUUUUGCUAAUGGCUAGAAAUCAGCCAUACAUCUUUAUCACCUUUAGCUCCAGCCUCCUGUAAAGGAAUUGCUUGACUACCUUAAGCCAUUUGAAACAAAAUCUUUAAAAUCUUUUAUGUAUCUUUUCUUGGGUGAACAAGAGGCAUCUAUAAUCAAACUUGUGACUUUUCGAACAUCUGUGCAGUGGUUGGGGCUUAAUCCUUGACUCUGAUUGUUGCUUUUUCCCCUAACCUACACCUCCUUAUCCUUACUUGAUUUGGAAAUUUGCUUAUUCACAGAAUAUACCUGGGUUAACACAUUUCCACAAUUUAAUAUAUCUUACAGAUUGUUCCUUGAGUAAGUCUAGGAACCAAUCCUCAUAUAAAUGUAGGGUUAUUGAUUAAUAUUCAGAUCUUUGUUGCUUAUCGUCAGCUCUGAGAUACACUGAAUUUUAAGAUGUGCUUAAUGUGAUCACUUCCUUCGUAUACUUACUCUGACCCUUAGUAUUGCUGCCUCAGAAUCUAAGCAUAUGUGAAAUAGUAACAGAGAUUAGGAAGAUAAAAAUAGUCAAAGGGUUUAGCUAGACAGCAAUAUCAUUUUUAGCUCUAUUAGUUGACUGUGGGCAGCCAAGUCAGAUUGAUUUUGUUUUAUUGUCUCUAUGUUCAUCAAGUAAUUAAAUAACUAAAGUUUGAUUAUUUAUAGUAUUUUUAGAUGAUACUUUCCUGGUACAUUUUUACCAUCGUAAAACAGGCUGAAGAAGUUACCAUUGGUUAGGUUAUACCUGGAAACCUGGCCAGUCUGGUUCUUUGGUUGCAGACUAGAAAAGCCAAAACAUGCCUGGCAAAGAAAGCAUCAACAUAUCUUAAACAGAACUUAAAUUAAGUCACAAAUUAUCAGAGUUCAUUUCUUAUCAUAAAUGUGUGUGUGUGUGUAUGUGUAUAUAUAUAGUCGUGUGCCACAUAACGAUGUAGUCAACAACUAGUUGCAUGUAUAAUAAUGGACCCAUAAGAUUAUAAUACCAUGUUCUUACUGCACCUUUUCUUUGUUUGGAUAUGUUGAGAUACACACAUAUUUACCAUUAUUUUACAGUUGCCUACAGUAUCCAGUAUGGUUACAUGCUGUUUAGGUUUGUAGCUGAGAAGCUAUAGAGUAUUUCCUUUACCCAAGAAAGUGCCCUUUGGGAAGGAUUAAAUCCUUCCAACUGAUCUGUUUGUUUUCUGUUCCUGUAGUUUGAUAUUUUCCUGAACGUAAUGUAAAUGGAAUCACCCUUUCUCUUUCUGAUAUGUUAGCUUGUUCAGUUAUGGUUGGUACAAUAACAAGUGAGAUAACUGACCCCUGUGCCGAUACAGCUUGCUCACAAAUUAGGAAUUGUAUUAAGAGACAAUUAACUCAGAGAAAGAUUAACAUAGCCUGUUGAAAAAUGGUAAAAAAAAGUUUUUCAAAGGGUUAGUAUAGUAUUCAACUUUCAUGAUGUAUUUAGUAAGAACCAAUUUAUGGGAACAGUUUUCACACUUUAGAUGGGAAAAUGAUAAAAUCAAAUAACUGUUUUUAACCUCCUUAUUUGGACCUGAGUUUUACAAAACUAGAUAAUUCAUAAUCCUUCUUUCAUGACACAUUGAAAUAAUUAGCCCAAGCAUAGCUGUUGUUUAAUAAUAUAGCAAACAUGCAUGAAUCCAUCCUUCACCAUGAGAACUAGAACCUUGACAAGAACUCACAUCACAUUUACCCAGUGGUUCCAAAGAACUACUGGUUCAGAUUUUAGCCCUUGCGAAGUUGUGAAAAUAGUGAAGAAUGCUUAGACUACUUAACAUUCAAAUUGCUCUCUGGUUAAUCGUCUUUAGAAGACUGAAUUUCUGGAUAUCUACUCCACUCCAUCUCUGUUGACUUUUAAAACAUGAUAAUGCAAACCUGUAACACUGGCAAUCAUCCAUGAACGUUUUAAUUACAUUGAUUAAUAGUGUUUGAAGCUUCCUCAGGGAAUAAACAAUGACAUCAGCAGUGGUUGACAGUGGAGGUUCUAUAUUGGAGCUUUCCAGCAAUGGAGUAGAAAAUCAAGAGGAAAGUGAAAAGGUUUCUGAAUAUCCAGCAGUGAUUGUGGAGCCAGUUCCAAGUGCCAGAUUAGAGCAGGGCUAUGCAGCCCAGGUUCUGGUUUAUGAUGAUGAGACUUAUAUGAUGCAAGAUGUGGCAGAAGAACAAGAAGUUGAGACCGAGAAUGUGGAAACAGUGGAAGCAUCAGUUCAUAGCAGUAAUGCACACUGUACAGAUAAGACAAUUGAAGCUGCUGAAGCCCUGCUUCAUAUGGAAUCUCCUACCUGCUUGAGGGAUUCAAGAAGUCCUGUGGAAGUGUUUGUCCCUCCUUGUAUAUCAACUCCAGAAUUUAUCCAUGCUGCUAUGAGGCCAGAUGUCAUUACAGAAACUGUAGUGGAGGUGUCAACGGAAGAGUCCGAACCAAUGGAUACCUCUCCUAUUCCUACAUCACCAGAUAGCCAUGAACCAAUGAAAAGGAAAAAAGUUGGCCGUAAACCAAAGACCCAGCAAUCACCAAUUUCCAAUGGGUCUCCUGAGUUAGGUAUCAAGAAGAAACCCAGAGAAGGAAAAGGAAACACAACCUAUUUGUGGGAGUUUCUUUUAGAUCUACUUCAAGAUAAAAAUACUUGUCCUCGGUAUAUUAAAUGGACUCAGAGAGAAAAAGGCAUUUUCAAGCUUGUGGAUUCAAAGGCUGUCUCUAAGCUUUGGGGAAAGCAUAAGAAUAAGCCAGACAUGAACUAUGAAACUAUGGGACGAGCUUUGAGAUACUACUACCAAAGGGGAAUUCUUGCAAAGGUUGAAGGACAGAGGCUUGUAUAUCAGUUUAAGGAUAUGCCCAAAAACAUAGUGGUGAUAGAUGAUGACAAAAGUGAAACCUGUAAUGAAGAUUUAGCAGCAGCUGCGGAUGAAAAAUCAUUAGAACGAGUGUCACUGUCUGCAGAAAGUCUCCUAAAAGCAGCAACCUCUGUUCGUAGUGGCAAAAACUCAUCUCCUAUAAACUGCUCCAGAGCAGAGAAGGGUGUAGCUAGAGUUGUGAAUAUCACUUCCCCUGGUCAUGAUGCUUCAUCGAGGUCUCCUACUACCACCACAUCUGUAUCAGCUACAGCAGCUCCAAGGACAGUUCGUGUGGCAAUGCAAGUACCUGUUGUAAUGACAUCAUUGGGUCAGAAAAUUUCAACUGUGGCAGUUCAGUCAGUCAAUGCAGGUGCACCAUUAAUAACCAGCACUAGUCCAACAACAGCAACCUCUCCAAAGGUGGUCAUUCAGACAAUCCCUACUGUGAUGCCAGCCUCUACUGAAAAUGGAGACAAAAUCACCAUGCAGCCUGCCAAAAUUAUUACCAUCCCAGCUACACAACUUGCACAGUGUCAACUGCAGACAAAGUCAAAUCUGACUGGAUCAGGAAGCAUUAACAUUGUUGGAACUCCAUUGGCUGUGAGAGCACUUACCCCUGUUUCAAUAGCCCAUGGUACACCUGUAAUGAGACUAUCAGUGCCUACUCAGCAGGCAUCUGGCCAGACUCCUCCUCGAGUUAUCAGUGCAGUCAUAAAAGGGCCAGAGGUUAAAUCAGAAGCAGUAGCAAAAAAGCAAGAACAUGAUGUGAAAACUUUGCAACUGGUAGAAGAAAAACCAGCAGAUGGAAAUAAGACAGUGACCCACGUAGUGGUUGUCAGUGCGCCUUCAGCUAUUGCCCUUCCUGUAACUAUGAAAACAGAAGGACUAGUGACAUGUGAGAAAUAAAAUAGUAGCUCCACCAUGGACUUCAGAUUGUUAGUGGUAGUACUGACAUAAACAUUUGCAAGGGAAGUCAUCAAGUCAAGUCAAAGAAGACUUUAAAUAAAACAUUUUUAAUGCAUAUAAGAAAACAAUCAAACUUACUGGAAUAAAUUACCUAUCCCAUGUUUCAGUGGGAAAUGAACUAUAUACUGAGAUGCUGACAGAAAACUGCCUCUUACAGUAGGAAACAACUGAACCCAUCAGUAAGAAAAAGGAUUGAAAGGGACCAAGCAGCUCACUACGAUAACAUUUCACACUAAGACUUGGAACACUAACAUUCUGUAAGAGGUUAUUUAGUUUUCAGUGGGGAGGGGUUGGGAUGGGUGAUCUCGUUGUUACAUAUAGCAAUUUUUGAUGCAUUUUAUAUGCAUACCAGCAAUUAUUACUGUGCUUGCACAGUACUCACUUAACUGGUGCUACGUGAAGACUCUGCUAAUAUAGGUAUUUUAGAAUGUGAAUUGAAGAAUGGAUCCAAAAGCUUCAGAAAGAGGAUAGCAAAAAAGAUCUAGUGCGAUUUUUUUAUAUAUAUAUAUAUAUACAUAUAUAUAUAUAUCAUAUAGCUUAAGCUGAUUUAAAACAAAGGCCUUAGACUAAUUUUCGGUUUUCUUUCUUGAAAUAAGCUAAUGGCUUGUUUGUGUAAAGCUUUUUUAUUAAAAGAAAAAUUUUAAAAAUCUUGUACCUAGCACAGUAUUGUUAUAGAAUUUACAUGUAACAUUUUAUAUGGUAGUUUAAGUCUGUCAGUUUCUUAAUUGUGGACAAAUUAACCGUUGGCUCUGGCCUUUUGCUGUAACAUGCCUGUGUCACUCACUUAGCCCUGGCAUCUGUGCGGACAUAACAGUUUCAGUUCUACUGUCACUUGGAAUUUCAGGCUCAGCAUGAAUUUUUGUCAGGUAACUCUAAUACCUGGAGUUUUCUUUCUUCUUUUCUUUUCUUUCUUUUUUUUUAGUUGAAGUUUAAGAGGGAAAGUACCAGUGUUCAAAUUUGAACUAUAAUAGUUUGUAUAUUCAACAUUUGAAGUAUAUUCUAUUUUGUUGUACUCUUGUUUCAAAGUGUAUUCAAGUAGGUUUUCUGAAAUAUAGAAAUGAAAUUUAUCUUC